AUCAAAUAAAUGUAUUUAUGGAUACGUUUAACCUUACUUCUUAAUCUUAUUAUGAUAACGCGAAUAAUAGGUCGAACCAUUCUGAGGGCGAAUCAUGUUACAGACAAGUAUUAGUAAGCACAAUAAAGUCCGAUUAGUAUUAUCAUAAUUUAUGCAUAAAUCGUCAGCCAUCUUGUUGGAUUAAAACACAAAGGAAAAAAUUCAUUGAUCUUACCAAUUAAACGGUAAUACCAUGCGUAAUUUUUAUUUGAACUUUGCAAAAAGUACGGAUUAAUAUUUCGGAUACGAAUUAUUAUCUGUUCACACAUGGACUUAACUGGUUUUGUGAAUAUUUGCAAUAUAAAUAUGAAAUAACUCCGGACACGAGGUGCGUGUGUGUUGGGACUUUGUUAGUAAACAAUAUUUCGGAAGUUAUCAACUUAUCAGAGAAGUAUGUCGAUCCUGGUGUUGGGAACUUCACACAUUCGUUGGCUUGAAAUAUACUUGUCACAAACAAACGGCGCCAAUAUGUUUAACCUCAAUCCAACACCAGAAAUCAAUUUUUCAAGUAUAAGCGGAGGAAAAAUUGAAAAUAGAGCACACUUAAGACGGUGGGAGACUACUAUUUCAUCACAGCGUCCCAAGUACUUAAUUGUUCAGUUCGGAGGAAACGAUUUGGAUCGUCCAAACAUGUCUGUGGAUGCAGCAGAAACAUUGUCCCUGCGCCUUGUGAAUUUAUGUAUGCUGUACCAGACUCGUUAUGGCAUUUCCCAGAUCGUGUUUAUGCAGUUAUUGCCGCGCCAUUCUCCUCGCCAUGUGACGAAGGAAUUGUAUAUCCACCUAAAUCAUACAGCAAAUAGAGUAUUAAAACAGGAACUGAAACAAUUGCCAAGUAUCCGUUAUUGGAAUGUAAAAGGGGUAAAAGCACCAACUAAGGAACUUUACAGAGAUGGUGUCCAUUUCAACGAUGUUGGUAUGAAGAGAUACGCAAAUAAUGUUCGCGGGGCAAUAAUUCAAAUGCUCAAAAAAUGACAAACAUUAUUAGUGGUUUUUAAUUAAUUUUCGAGAAGCUCUGCAUUAGUCACAAAGACGUCACAUGAUCCAGUGUAUUGUGAACGGCAAAGUGAACUCUGACAGGUUAUCGGUUAUCCAAUAAGGCUGAAGAAGGAUGACGAAACAAUCUACAUUUCGAGAGAAAAAUACAAGAACAGUCACGUUUAAUUUGCAACUGUGUUGCUUAUGGGUUAAAUUUUUGUAACCAUUGUUGUAUAAUCAAUGUUUAUUAAUCAGGAAUACUGCUGUACAAUUUAAUUUUGAUCGAUUUGGUCUUUUAUAACAAGUUGGUUCUGUCAUUCCAAUUUCCAUUAAAGCAUUUGGAGUUAAAACAAACAAUGCCCCUUUUAUCGUUUGGGCGGAAACUGAAAAAUGAUUAAUAUAAAUCUGUUUUUUCUUUAGAAUGGGUGAAAUAUAAAUUAAUGGUUAUUUUUUUUUUUUUUUUGAGUGUUCGACUGCUUUAAUUAAUUCCAUUUAUAAGUGUUAAGUGGAAGUCCCAAAUUAAAUUAUACAUUGUCAUAAAAUUUCCCAAUAAGAGCUUUACAUUUCUAUUACGUAAAUUGUUUGAUAGUCUAAUUGUAUCGUGUAAAUACCUUUCUGUUAUAUUUGAGACCCAUUUUCUCACAAUUACGGUAUAUGGCUUACACCUUAACUUCAAGGUCUUUGAGCCCGAUGAGAAAACCCUUAAAUUUAAGGAUAAACACUUGUGUGUCAGAUAUAUAUUAAAAUAUACAUUAUAGGACAGGUACAGGUUUAUUGUCGAAAUGACUGAAUUUUAAGAUAGUGGCACCCAAUCGUUUUUGUUUAUGCUUCAGAUAUAGAUAGAAACUUUAUAGAGAGGUUUUGUUACAUAAACCUUAGUUCUAAGGUCUUCUGUGCCUGACGAGUACAUCUUUAAUCUUAAAGAUAUGCAAAUCUUGGUUAGAUUUUAUAUAAUUUUGUAUGACAGUAAGCACUGUAUUUUCAAAUAACCUUAAUUUUAAGGUAACUGGCAUGCAGAAAAGUAAGAAUUAAUUAUAAUGUUUAAUUCCUUAAUUUUAAGGAUAAGAAAAAUUGCAGCCAUGGGUCGACUGCAUUUGUAUAUAUGAUAAGGCAGUUUUAAGCCUUAAUCAGAGGAUUAGUGGCAUAAACCUUAGUUUUAAGGUAUUUGAUGCCAGGUUAGCAGAUCCUUAAUUUUAAGGAUAAACCUUAGUCUCACAAAUACAUGAUUUUAUUUCUCAUGUGUUGGGAAAUUUCAUUACCUUAAUUUAAGGAAAUUGGUAUGUGAAAUAGGAAGAGUUAUUUAUAGUUUUAAUUCCUUAAUUUUAAGGAUUAACAAAAUUGCGGCCAUGGGUCGAUUUCACUUGUAUUUACAGAUAAGGCAGAAGCCUUAAUCGGAGGCAUGAACCUUAAUUUUAAGGUCUUUGAUGCCAGAGUAGUAAGUCCUUAAAUUUAAGGAUAAGCACUAGUCGGACAAAUAUAUGAUAUGAUUUUUUAUUAACUUUUCAGGUGUGGGGAAAUUAUUCAAAUGACCUUAAUUAUUAAGGUAUUUGGCAUGUAAGAAUUAUCGAUCCUUAAUUUUAAGGAUAAGCUAAGAAUUAACAGGGUAUACACAGGUUAGUAGGUUGUGUGUUUUUACAAUGCCAUGUUAAACCUUAAUUGUAAGGUUGAGAAAGGAAUCCGAGUCUGAGAUUUUAAUGAAUUAGCAUAUGUGUCAAGCAGUUAAGCGACUUUAAUUUUUCACAGACUACUCUCUUGAUAACAACAGAAGAGAUUCACCAAACAAUUUUUAAUUUAACCGUAUUUUGACUGUAGGAAAUGCAAAACAUUAGGCUUUACUGUAUUAACUUGGAUUUAUAGUAAUCGUAGUAAUUUUCAGAAGCUAAGUUGGAGAUAAGUUUAAUUGCUGAUAGAAUUAAGGUGGUGGUUGUUGAGUCUUUAAUUAUGGUAGUGAACAUUUCAAAUAAUUUAAUCCAUAUAAUGCAGUUUUCUAUAUUAAAAGUCUGACCUUUAUUUUAAAAUAGCCACAAUGGUGGAUAUAGUUUGAUAUGUAAAUUCGCCGACUUUGUAGACCGUAGCUACGUUUUACAUAUUUUAGAAAUGAUAUGUUAUAAGUACUACUUCUGUUUUUUCUAUAGUUAUGCAGCUCAUCAGAACAAGUGUUGUGAUGAACUGUUGUGAACACACUAUGUCUGUUUGUACAAAUAAUUAUAUUCACAAUACAUAUCAAGUUCCAUAUCCUUAACUUUAAGAAUAUCAGUGGUUAAAAAACUGACCCUUGUUUAAUCCUGUUUCAGCCGAAAUGCCACCUAAACGCAAAAGAAAACCAACACAAAAAGCAGCUGAAAAUUUACGAAACAAACAACAGAAGUCUACAUCAGAAACCCCUUCCAUCCCUAAAGUUUCAUCUAAUUCGGCACCAGCUGCAAUUACUUCAGCAGAUAGGCAGCAGCUGAUAGAAGAACUGGUCCCAAGUGUUACCAAAAGUGUGGUGGAAACUUUGGUCUCAAUGAAUCUUCUGCCCAAAUUCUCCUGUAAAUCCAUUGGAGCCUUCUACUUCAUCAGAGACACCUCCUACUUCCCAUGUCAUUCCAGUGGAGUCUUCUACUUCAUCACAAGACCCCUCCACUUCAAAAGGUACAACUUGACUACAUAUUAAUAUGCAUAUUGACCACAAAACGAAAGGAAAAAUUUGGGCAAAUGAGUACGUGGAUUUAUCCAGUUUGUUGCAGUCCAAUAUGGGACAUACUGAGGAGAAAGAGGCUUUCAGAUUUGUUGAAUCUACAUCUGGUUUAGUUACUCUCAGGAGAGAAAAAGCCCCAAGACAAAUAACAAGUCUUCCACAGUGGUUUACUGCUUUUCAUACAUUUGUAGCGGUAUACGCUGAAAAAUUUCCAGAAACAACCCCUGCACUGAUGCAGUAUAUGGAAACCAUACGAAAACUGGGACAGAGGGCUGGCGAUGAUGCGGCACUGCAGUAUGAUAGAACCUUCAGACGUUUGCGACAGGAUAAUCCGUCAUUAGCCUUUGAAAGCCUGCACACUGACACAUACACUGAUGCAUUGGCCAUGGGUAUAAGCCGCCAGUCAGCUCAGAGAAUACGUCUGGGUCAUGCCUUUCGCCAGUCAAAAUCGCCAAAUCCCUGUUACAGCUUUAACAACAAUAACGGGAAAUGUACCAGGAAACAGCGCCCCUACAAACACGUUUGCCAGCACUGUUCAGGCCCCCACAGCAAAAAGUCCUGUUCAAGAAAUCAAGGUCAGCAAAAGGCAAACCCAGUUACCAAACUUGGUGCACAACUCACUGCUGCCAGAUGAUAACAUGGUGUCUGAAUUCCAUUUCCUUUCCAAAACUAUGUCUAUAUGCACUCCAAUUAAAGUUGAAAAGCUUAAAAAAUGGUUAACAGGUUACAAUCUGUCGGAAACAGAAUUCCUUGUAAAUGGUUUCACAAAUGGUUUUCAUAUACC